GGGUCCCUGUCGCUGUUGCGCCCGAGCGCCACCCACACCCACUUGCCGCCUAUUAGCUGCUGCUUUGUGCUCUUGCGCCGUGGUCUCCUCCCCCCCUUCCCUUGGCCUGUUCUUAUCUCAUCUCCCCUCUCCUCUCCUCGUGCCUUCUUCUCUCCCCCUUUCCCCCACCCUCCCUUCGCUGUUCUUCUCUCCGCCCCUCUUCCUAGCUCUCCCAGGUCAUGGCAAAGGUGAAAACCGGAUAAAAACUAGAAGUGGGAGGGAGAUCGACGCAGCUGAACACCACAGCUACAAGUAGUAGUAGAGCAAGUGGAAUUUAUAUUGAAAGAGAAGAGUUGCUCGAGUGACCAUGAUGGGAGGGGGAGGUGGGCUGCUGAUGGAUCAGGGCAUGGCGUUCCCCGGCGUGCACAACUUCGUGGAUCUGCUCCAGCAGAACGGCAACGACAAGAACCUCGGCUUCGGCUCCCUUAUGCCACAGACUUCCUCCGGCGACCAGUGCGUCAUGGGCGAGGGCGACCUUGUGGACCCGCCGACGGACAACUUCCCGGACGCCGGGGAGGACGACAGCGACGACGACGUGGAUGACAUCGAGGAGCUGGAGCGCCGCAUGUGGCGCGACCGCAUGAAGCUCAAGCGCCUCAAGGAGCUUCAGCAGAGCCGCGGCAAGGAGCAGGCGGCCGGCGGCGGCGGAGUGGGCGACGGGUUGAAGCCGCGGCAGUCGCAGGAGCAGGCGCGCCGCAAGAAGAUGUCGCGCGCGCAGGACGGCAUCCUCAAGUACAUGCUCAAGAUGAUGGAGGUGUGCCGCGCCCAGGGGUUCGUGUACGGCAUCAUCCCGGAGAAGGGCAAGCCCGUGAGCGGCGCCUCCGACAACCUCCGUGCCUGGUGGAAGGAGAAGGUCCGCUUCGACAGGAACGGCCCGGCCGCCAUCGCCAAGUAUCAGGCCGACAACGCCGUGCCGGGCUCCGAGAGCGAGCUGGCUUCCGGCACCGCGAGCCCGCACUCGCUGCAGGAGCUGCAGGACACCACGCUGGGCUCGCUGCUCUCGGCGCUCAUGCAGCACUGCGAUCCCCCGCAGCGAAGGUUCCCGCUCGAGAAGGGCAUCUCUCCUCCAUGGUGGCCGUCCGGCGACGAGGAGUGGUGGCCGGAGCUUGGCAUCCCCAAGGACCAGGGCCCGCCCCCGUACAAGAAGCCCCAUGACCUGAAGAAGGCCUGGAAGGUGAGCGUGCUCACCGCUGUCAUCAAGCACAUGUCGCCGGACAUCGAGAAGAUCCGACGCCUCGUCCGCCAGUCCAAGUGCCUCCAGGACAAGAUGACCGCCAAGGAGAUCUCCACCUGGUUGGCCGUGGUCAAGCAGGAAGAGGAGCUAUUCAUGAGGCUGCACCCGGGCGCUCGCCCUCCAGCGACUGCUGCUGGCGGCAUCGCCAGUGCGAUAUCAUUCAACGCCAGCUCAAGUGAGUACGACGUUGACGUCGCCGACGACUGCAAGGGCGAUGAGGCCGGCACCCACAAGAUGGCCAUGGCUGAUCCAACCGCGUUCAACCUCGGCGCGGCCAUCCUGAAUGACAAGUUCCUCAUGCAAGCGCCCAUGAAAGAAGAGACCGCUGACAUGGAGUAUGUCCAGAAGAGGAGCGCCGUGGCCGCCGAGCCGGAGCUGAUGCUGAACAACCGCGUCUACAUCUGCAACAACGUCCAAUGCCCGCACAGCGACUACGGGUACGGCUUCCUUGACCGGAAUGCGCGCAACAGCCACCAGUACACCUGCAAGUACAAUGAUGCCCUCCCGCCAAGCGCGGAGAACAAGGCGGCGCCACCUGCGCCGCCGCAAGUCUUCCCGGCAGCAGCCUACAACCAGCAGAACCAUGGGCUCAACAACCUGGACUUUGGCCUGCCCAUGGACGGCCAGAGGUCCAUCGCCGAGCUCAUGAACAUGUACGACACCGCCUUCCCGGCCAACAAGAACAUGGGCAACGACGACGUCACCAUUAUAGAGAGGCCUAAUUCCCUCACCCCGGGAACGCAGAUGGACGAGGGUUUCUUUGGACAGGGCAAUGGAAUUGGCGGCAAUGGCGACAGCAUGUUCAGUGAUGUCAGUAACAUGAUGCAGCAGCAGCAGCAACAGCAACCACAGCAGCAGCAGCAGGCCCCGGCUCAGCAGCAGUUCUUCAUCCGUGACGAAACGCCGCAAUUCGGAAACCAGAUGGGCGGCAUCUCCGGCGCAUCGGAUUUCAGGUUCGGCUCUGGCUUCAACAUGUCCGGCGCCGUCGACUACCCGCAGAAGAACGACGGCCCCAACUGGUACUACUGAAGAAUAAGCUUAAGCUUGUAGGGUCAUAAGCUUUUAAAAUGUCAACUCCUGGUGGCAAAACCAACCUUGUGUUUCCAUGGGAAAGUGUCGUCGUCUCCUAAGAAGUGGGUAAUUCUCUAUAGGUCUUCUCUUAAUUUUCAUAUAGGUUUUGCAGUAGUUGCAAAUAGGCUGGAACUUGGAACUGGUUAUAUAUACAUGUAUGUCCAUCCAGCUGGUGAACCUCUUAUGGAAAACUUAAUUUUAUUCUUAGUUUCAUUUCUUAGUUAAA